AGGCACUCAGAGGAACAAUUGUCUUAUUAUUCAAGUCUGUAAGUGCAUUUGUUUGCCUUGUUUACCUUCUCUUCUGUCUGAAGACAGUGAGCGCUAACUUCCUGGAAACCUUUCCACAAAGUGAUGCUAAUCUUUUUUUCCCUUUUCCUUUUUCUUUUUUGCUGCCAGCUGAAUGACGUCUCGCGUCGAAAGGGGGCUGAAAACUCGGCGCACACAGUGAAUCCCUCGCUGUGACUCAUUCAUUUUGUAUAAAGGCGACCGGUUGCGGAGACUGAGAAAGAGCCGGGGAUUUAAUUAGCUGGUUUUUCUUAGUCCACUGCUUAAUGAACGCACGUUUGCGUUCACACUAACCGCGUUUUUCCUUUUUCUUUUAACCCACCCCCCCUCAUUCCCUCCCUCCCUCCGUCAUUCCCUCCCCUCCUUUGGAGACUGUGGAGAUGAUAUGCACCCCUGGGAGACAAACACCACAGCCGAGCGAGCCAUUCCUGCGCUCCCGUGGAGUUGUUCUGGGGAAGAAGAAUGUCACCCACUUCUGCCGGUCCUAAGAAGUAUUGAUUUAAAGCGAUAAUUUCUACUACACGAUACUUAAAUUCUGGGCUUUGGGUUGUGAAGAUAUGCCAGUUCCUCGCAGCGGUUUCAUUGUGUUUCUAUUCGCUCUUUGGAUUUAGCAUAAAUGGACAAAAUUAGGCCAGAUAAUUUGCUGCGGGUUUUCGUCUCCUUUCAGUGAUAUUCUCUCUAACUAAUGGAUGUAGCCUCCCUUCCUGAGAGCGCUAAAUUUCCGUUAGGGGCUUCACUAUUCAACAAGCUUAACCGCUCACUCCUGGCUGUAAAACGAUGGGCGCAGUUCGCCUGAGCCUUCUGCUGCCCCUUGGUUCCUCAGCCCAGCUUGUUGAAUCUCCUCCCUGGUGACAAGAAUGGGUUCGUUUUAGCAAACUUCUUAGCCUCUUCUGGUCUCAUCAUCGGCGGAUCGCAGGCUUCUCCUUCCUAAAAGUUGAUCAUGGCUUGUCCCGGUGUACGCGUGAAGCUGAGCUUUAUAUGGAGGGUGUUUUGGCUUAUGAGGACUGUGAUAGAUUUCGCGCUGCCUCAGGAGACUUAUGCACCCCAUUCGAUACGGACUGAGGGACACCUGACCCUCGGCGGACUCUUCCCGGUGCAUGCCAGAGGAAUCGAUGGUGCGCCGUGCGGGGACCUCAAAAAAGAGAACGGCAUCCAGCGGCUUGAGGCCAUGAUGUACGCUUUGGACCAAAUUAACCAGGACGAGCAACUCUUACCCAACAUCACCUUAGGCGCACGGGUGCUGGACACUUGUUCGAGGGAUACUUAUGCGCUGGAGCAAUCGUUAACUUUCGUGCAAGCGCUGAUCACGAAGGACACCUCCGACGUGCGGUGCACUAACGGGGACCCACCGGUGUUUGUCAAGCCUGAAAAAGUGGUGGGAGUCAUCGGAGCCUCGGCGAGUUCAGUAUCGAUUAUGGUUGCCAACAUCCUACGCCUCUUCCAGAUCCCGCAGAUCAGCUACGCGUCAACGGCCCCGGAGCUGAGUGAUGACAGACGCUAUGACUUUUUCUCACGGGUGGUUCCGCCAGACUCGUUCCAGGCCCAGGCCAUGGUGGACAUUAUCCUAGCACUGAACUGGACUUACGUCUCCACCAUCGCCUCAGAGGGCAGCUAUGGAGAGAAGGGAGUGGAGGCUUUCACACAACUCUCCAAAGAAGCAGGUGGAAUCUGCAUCGCCCAGUCCGUGAAAAUUCCACACAACCCCAAGCUGGAAGAUUAUGACAAAACCAUCCAACAACUGCUGGAAACUCAGCACUCGCGGGCAGUCAUCAUCUUUGCCAGCGAAGAAGACAUACGGGGAGUUCUCAAUGCCACCAAGAGAGCCAAUCAGGUGGGCCAUUUCCUGUGGAUUGGAUCUGACAGCUGGGGGUCCAAAAGCAGCCCGAUCAACCAGUUUGAGGAUGUAGCAGUGGGAGCAAUCACUAUACUGCCAAAACGCUCGUCCAUUAAAGGGUUUGAUGAAUACUUUACUGCACUCACCCUUGAGAACAAUCGCAGGAAUGUUUGGUUUGCCGAGUUUUGGGAGGAAAACUUCAACUGCAAGCUGCUGAGCGCCUCAAAGAAAGAGGAUACCAGCCGAAAAUGCACAGGCCAGGAGCGCAUCGGGAUCGACUCCAAGUAUGAGCAGGAAGGCAAAGUGCAGUUUGUGAUUGACGCAGUGUACGCCAUGGCCCACGCUCUCCACAAGAUGCACCGGGACUUAUGUCCUGAUCAUCCUGGCGUUUGUCCGCGGUUGGAGGCAGCAGAGGGAAAAACUCUGCUGAGCUACAUACGCAACACCAGCUUCAACGGCAGUGCCGGCACCUCUGUUGUGUUUAACAAGAACGGCGAUGCUCCAGGACGCUAUGACCUGUUCCAGUUCCAGAUGACCAACUCCUCUACCCCAGAGUAUAAAGUGGUAGGGCAGUGGGUGGAGAACCUCCAGCUCAGGCUGGAGGAGCUUCAGUGGCCAGAUGGGGAGCAGGAGGUGCCUAUCUCUGUGUGCAGUCUCCCCUGCAAAACUGGAGAGAGGAAGAAGAAAGUAAAGGGCAUGCCGUGCUGUUGGCACUGUGAGCUUUGCGAUGGCUACCAGUACCAGUACGAUGAAACUUCCUGCAGACUGUGUGCCUAUGACAUGAGGCCGGACUCCAACAGAACAAGCUGCCAACCUAUCCCCAUUGUCAAGCUGGAGUGGCAUUCCCCUUGGGCAAUUAUCCCCGUCUUCCUGGCCAUGCUUGGCAUCAUCGCCACCAUCUUUGUCAUGGCAACUUUCAUCCGCUACAAUGACACGCCUAUCGUGCGGGCAUCAGGCAGAGAACUGAGCUACGUCUUGCUAACUGGCAUCUUCCUGUGUUACAUCAUUACGUUCCUCAUGAUUGCCAAGCCUGACGUAGCCGUGUGUGCCUUCAGGAGGAUCUUUCUGGGCCUGGGCAUGUGCAUCAGCUACGCCGCACUGCUUACUAAGACCAACCGUAUUUAUCGGAUCUUCGAGCAGGGGAAGCAGACAGUGACAGCCCCUCGCUUCAUCAGCCCCACCUCCCAGAUUGCUAUCACUUCCAGUCUAAUCUGCGUGCAGCUGCUGGGGGUGCUGGUGUGGUUUGCUGUUGACCCUCCAAACACUAUCAUCGACUACGAUGAACAGAAAACCAUAAACCCCAGGCUGGCCCGCGGAGUGCUCAAGUGUGACAUCACAGACCUACAGAUAAUCUGCUCACUGGGUUACAGCAUCCUGCUGAUGGUGACCUGCACUAUCUACGCUAUCAAGACCAGGGAUGUACCAGAAGACUUCAAUGAAGCCAAACCCAUUGGUUUUACUAUGUACACAACUUGCAUCGUCUGGCUGGCCUUCAUCCCGAUUUUCUUUGGCACAGCACAGUCAGCGGAGAAGCUGUACAUUCAGACAACCACCCUGACCAUCUCUAUGAACCUCAGUGCCUCAGUAGCACUGGGCAUGCUCUACAUGCCCAAGGUGUACAUCAUUAUCUUCCACCCUGAGAUGAACGUCCAGAAGAGGAAGCGCAGCUUCAAGGCUGUAGUCACAGCUGCCACAAUGUCAUCACGUCUGUCCCAGAAGCCCAACGAGAGGCCCAAUGGAGAGGCAAAGACCGAGCUGUGUGAGAACCCCGCUGCUGACCCCAUGAGUCAAGCAACAAAGAAAACAUAUGUGAGUUACAACAACCUCAGGAUCUGAUCUGCUUGGAAACGAAUACUGUAUGUCCUUUAUCUGUGAUUGAAAAGAGAGCUGUAGAGAAGCAGAGAAAGACAGACAGAGGCAUCCCAGCACCACCUGCAGUACCUAUGCACUCCAGGACUAUGGAUUGCAUCCAACUUUCAUCCAGACAUGAUGCAUGAGUCCUGACAGAGACUAGCACGGCUUUAGGCCUGUGUGGCUGGGUCAAGCCUCCAGAACCAAACUGUAGGUUUUUGGGUUUUUUUUAAACUUGUGUCAUGGCCCCACCCCCACCCCUUCUCUCUCUGACAGAGAUCAACAUGCCUGCUAAACAGGGGGCCACCGUGAAUGACAGGACAAAUGCAGAAAAGGACACUGGAUCUGCUUUCAAGAUAUUUUCUUUCAAAAUGUCAUUAAAGCCAUAUUCUCUUGGGGUUCCCAUUAUUGGAUUUCUGUUUGUAUUGUUUCUAAGUGAUUUCUUUUUCUUCUGUGCCUCUUAUUUCUUGAAAUUGAUUUAAUAACCUUAAACAGCAAGCUCUGCCACAUACAGUAAUUUAUUUUAAUUAAAUCAAAUCAGUUCCAGAUGAUUCUUAUGUUAGAGUGAUGGGCAUUGUAAGUAUAUAUUUUUUUUUUGUAAAUAUCUGAGAGUAUUUUCAUGUUUGGAGUAAAACAAUAGAUAUCCAGUCUUUGUUCAGUUGGAUUUGAAUGGUUAUGAAAAGCACCACAAAGUGUUCACUUUGCAUGUGCCAAUGUAUGUUUGUUCUAUUUGAUGUAAACUUGAAGAAAAAAAAAAAGGGGAAAAAAGAAAAAUAAAUUCUGAAAAUGAUAAUAAGCUUCAGCAUCCUUCUGCGGCUCGUUUUCUUUACCUGAAGUGAACUUCACUGAGUGACAGAAUAUGGCUUUAAUCUGUUGUUGAACUGACCUUCCCUGUAUCUGCAAAAGCAUGUUUGUUUUAUUUAGUUUCACACUGGGUAUAUUAUGCCUAAUUAUGGUGUGGGAAACAUUAAUAUCAGAGCAAUCUUGCAAGUAUGUUGUGAUGUCUGUCAAAUUAUGGACGUGUAAUAAAAUCAUUUUGUUAUCUUUUAUACAAUGAAA